AUCAUUCUCCGGGAAUCCACACUCUCACAACAUUCUCCGAUCGCCUGAAGACAAAAAUUACGACCAUGAAGUUCAAUGGCCUCAAGCUCACUGGGCUGUUUAAGGUGCGAGCUAAUUCCUCAUCGCCCACAUGGAGCCCCGGCACCAUUUGCAGUUCACCGUCUCCUCCGGCUGGAUUGCCGCGAAACCGAGCCGGCACGCCGACAAGCGUCUUGCCCUCCCCAAGACGGUUCUUGCCGUCGCAGAUGGUGACCGUGCCGGCAUCUGUCGGCGAGAUCGUCGAGGAGUCGCCGUCCAGCAGCGGCUACUUCUCGCCGGCCGCACAAUGGGAGGUCGACAAAGUGUUCAAGCUCUUCGACGACAAAGGAAGCGGCAAGAUCUCUUGCCACGAGCUGGGAUCCAUCCUGAGAUGGUUCAGUGCCGAAAUGAACGAAGAGGAAGUUGCGAGCAUUGUGCAUGACGCCGACGUCGACGGCGACGGCUUCAUCAGCCUGGAGGAGUUCGAGAAGCUGAGCAAGUCGCCUCAGGCGGCCGCCGGCUCCGACCUCGUCGACGCAUUCAACGUGUUCGACACGGACCGGGACGGCAAGAUAUCGGUGUACGAGCUGCGCCGGGUCUUCGUGGCCCUUGGCGACGAAGACUGCACAUUGGAAGACUGCCUGAGGAUGAUAAGGGGAGUUGAUAAGGACGGCGAUGGCUACGUCGACUUCGAGGAGUUUGUCACCAUGAUGACAAGAUCGUGAAUGCGUGAAAAGACGAACUGUCUAGUGCUUUGCUCCUCCUCGUUCUUCUUCUUGUAUUAUUAUCAAGCGGUUUGAAUCAUCUGUUUAAGUGUUUGAUCA